AUGUCGAGCUCUCCAGUCUUGAACGUGGUCCGCUACUCGGCCCUCGUUGGUGGUAUCGGAUACGGCAUUCUUCACCGUAGGACAUUGCAAGCAAAGGCAGAUGUAAAGGCCGCUCACGCUGAGUACAAGCACAAGGAGCAACUCAUUCAGAAGGCAAAGGAGGCAUACAAGAACAAGCUCGUCGCCAAGCAGAGCGAUUCUGGAAUUGUUACGGAUCCUGAGAACCCAGCUUUCGACUUGGAAAAGUUCUUGACUAAGCUCGAGCAGGAUAGCAAGUGA